CACGCCGGGCGCGAUGGACCCGAGUGUCCCGGAGGCGCCUGCUCAGAACUCACCGCUGCGGCUCAGCGCGGUCCCGUGAAGACCGAGGGGCAGACCCGCUGUGGUGGUGGUGUUGUUGUUGUUGUUGUUGUUGUUGUUGUACUUGAAGACAAAACAAACAUUUCCCGCGUGUUGGAGCACAGAGGAAUAUAUCAAAAGGUCCGUCGACUCGCGGUCUCUGACGUGGUCAGAGUGAGAAGCGUGAAAGAUGAUGCUGAGGACACAGCUGUGGGAGGACGGAGGACAUCAAGGAUGACGAGAUCACAGAAGGUGCAUUAAGGUCUACGUCCGCCACUGGUGUGCUAUGGCCCCGGAGUUGAGCAGUCUCGGCACCGGAGCCUCGUAACGCUCACGCCGAUCUCAGUAGACGCUGGGGUGGUUUCAGCUGUACACCGCUGCAGCAGGCAUGAUCACGUCCCACAUGAACGGUUACGUGCAAGAGGCCUCUGGUCAGGCCAACUACCCGAGGGAGAGGGCCGUGGACUGUCCGGGGGAAGACCUCUGCCUCGUCAAACCGCCGCACUGCAGUGCCCAGAUGGAGAGGAUCCAGCACUACCAGGAGGAGCUGAGGAAGAGGCGAGAGGAAGACGGCAGGGGGAGGCACGACAUCGACCCCAACGCUUCGCUGAGGCUCAAGAAGCUAUCGCAGAACCCCAAGGUGGGGAUUGACAAUCCCACCUUCGAGGCAAAGGAGAACGCCACCUUAGACACAUGCUACCAUGAUCCUGUAGCUGAACUGGAGGAGCUGCUGCUGACUCUGAAGUGGAUGCAGCAGUGCCUGACCGACGCACAGAGCCAGCAGGACGUGGAGCUGAUAACGCAGCUCCUUGCCAAGGAGGACUUCAAGAAUGCCUUCACCAUCUACAGCGUUGUUUCCCUGCAGAUGAGCAGAGUCGCCCCCACCUCACCGCUCACGGCACAGGCACAGGACCUCUGCCUGGAGGUGCACAGGAUCCUGCAGUCCAGCCAACAGCGGGAGGGUUUGGAGCUCAGCACUCUGCUCACAAAUCCCCAUCUGCAGGCGCUGAUGCAGGCCCACGACACUGUGGCGGUGCAGGACCUGGCCGAGGAAAGCGUGGCGCAGUACCUCGGAGAGACGGUGAAACUCGUGCGGUUAGAGAAGACCCGCGACACUCCGCUGGGUGCGACGGUACGUAACGACAUGGACAGCGUGGUGGUGAGUCGCGUGGUGAAAGGCGGAGCGGCGGAGCGGAGCGGCCUCCUCAGCGAGGGAGACGAGAUCCUGGAGAUCAACGGGAUUCCCAUGCGCGGGAAACACGUCAAUGAAGUCCACGACUUACUGCAACAAAUGCAGGGCACUCUGACCUUCCUCCUCAUCCCGAGCUCUCAGAUUAAACCUGCCCCGCACAGACAGACUGUGAUGCACGUGCGAGCCUACUUUGACUACGACCCCUCCGACGAUCCCUUUGUGCCGUGUCGGGAGCUGGGCCUGUCCUUCCACAAGGGAGACAUCCUCCACGUCAUCAGCCAGGACGACCCCAACUGGUGGCAGGCCUACAGGGACGGGGACGAGGACAACCAGCCCCUGGCUGGACUCGUUCCAGGGAAAAGCUUCCAGCAACAGAGAGAGACCUUGAAGAAAACCAUAACAGACCAGAGUCGAGAGCAGCAAGGGAAACUGUGGUAUGCAAAGAAGAGCAAGAAACCAAAGAAGAAGAACACGUCGAACUUGAGCAAAAACACUGACUACGACGACAUCCUGACCUACGAGGAGAUGUCCCUCUAUCACCAGCCCGCCAACCGCAAACGCCCCAUCGCCCUGAUUGGUCCGACGAACAGCGGCCACGACGAGCUGCGGCGGCGGCUUCUCUCCAUCGAGCCGGAGAAGUUUGCUGUCGCCGUGCCACACACCACCAGAACCCCGAGGAUACACGAACGAAUCGGGCGCGAGUACCAUUUUGUGGGUCGAGUCGCCUUCGAAACCGACCUGGCGGCGGGGAAGUUCAUCGAGUCGGGGGAGUACGAGAAGAACCUGUACGGCACGAGCACCGACUCCAUCCGACACAUCGUCAACUCCGGACGCAUCUGCUUGCUGUGCCUGCACACGAGGUCACUGCAAGUGUUGAGGUCCUCCAACCUCAAGCCCUUUGUCAUCUUCAUCGCGCCUCCUUCUCAGGAACGACUACGCACCCUGCUGGCCAUAGAGGGGAAAACACCAAAGGUACAGCCGGAGGAGCUGAAGGAGGUCAUCGAGAAGGCCCGGGAGAUGGAGCACAACUUCGGUCACUUCUUCGACGCGACCAUAGUGAACAUGGAUCCGGAGCAGGCUUUCCACGAGCUGCGCAGGCUCAUCGACAAGCUGGACACUGAGCCCCAGUGGGUGCCCACCUCCUGGCUGUGCUAAGAGGUCACAGGUCACAGGGGCGAGAACGAGGUAAACAGAAGAGCAAGAAUGUGUGUGUGUGUGUGUGUGUGUGUGUGUGUGUGUGUGUGUGUGUGUGUGUGUGUGUGUGUGUGUGUGUGUGUGUGUGUGUGUGUGUGUGUGUGUGUGUUUUCCCCGACGACUGAAAAAUCGAGGACAACGAAGGUCAAUGUGGUGAAGAAGAAAAAGAAGAUGUUUACAGUUGGAUUGUCACUUGCACACAUCCUCUUUGGAGACGAGGUUGAUUGACCGACAUGUUGCAGGGACGGACUCCAGAUGUUUGUUUUUGUUGGUGUGUGUGCGUGUGUAUUUGUGUUUUUCUUCUGCUUUAAUAAGGUCCUUUGUUUUCACAGUUUUAUGCAAAGUCGUUUAUUUAACGAAUAGAAAUAUUUCUAUUUCACUCUCAAUAGUAAUUUAUAAUUGUAAAUAUAUGUUUUCUAGACAAAAAUAUUCUAUUGUUACAUUUUGUGUGUGUGACAUAUCAGACGGCUGCUCUCGACUGAGAAAGCAGUUAUUAAAAACAACGAUCUGCUGAGGUACCACUCAGAAGAGAAGCACUUGUGCUCAAAGUAACGUCUUCCAUUCAGAAACAUGACAGAACCUGCUGUAACCUCCACAGUUCUACACCAAUAUCAGUAUUUAUGUUUUUUUUUCGUCUCAUGUCUCAUGUCUCACUGUAAUAACAGACCUCAGAUCUAAAGUUUCCUCUUGCUGGCGUCAUUACAAUCGAUGCUGAAAAGUACGGAGGUUUUUUCUUUCUUUCCUUUUUUCUACCAGUAUUGUAUGGAACCAAAACAUCCCAUCACCUGGUGAAACUCCUUACAAAUACUGUAUAUCUCUUCUUUGCAGGGUUCUUUUGAAAUCAUAAAGCACAAUUCUGUGUGUUAAUAAAAUUUAAUCGGAUACAUA